GCCCUACGCUGGACCCCUCUACCCUUUUGAUAUUUUCGAUUAAGUACAACAGAUGGGCUUGAGAAUGAUAUCACCCUGGAGUAGUAUUGCAAUCGGACUGGUUGCUGCAUAUAUUGUGUCCAGGCUUCUUGGUCGCAAGAAGCUACCAGCGCCUCUCCCACCCGGUCCGCCCCCGAAACCAAUCAUUGGCAACCUAAAGGAUCUCCCACAAAAUGGAGAACGCGACUGGGAACACUGGUUUAGACAUAAAAAGUUAUAUGACACCGCUGGAUGCGGUGGAAUCCUGGGGAUGAUUCCUUUUUCCGAUCGCUCCAAGGCGAUUCGCAAGGCUAUGAAUAAGGAGAUUGGAUCGAAGGUAUCCGUAUCACGCUUUAAUGAGCUUCAGGACGUCGAGGCCCGUCGAUUUCUCUUACGGGUGCUCGAAACGCCGGAGAACCUGACACAGCAUAUUCGGAAAGAGGCUGGUGCCGUCGUCCUCAAGCUGGCGUACGGGUACACUAUCGAGCCACACAAGCCAGAUCCUUUGGUUGAUCUGGCUGACGUAUCCAUGUAUUACUUUUCACUGGUUUGUCGCUAUGGGGCGUGGCUUGUGGAUGUUCUGCCGAUCUUGAGGCACAUACCUGCCUGGUUUCCGGGGGCUGAGUUCCGACGCGUUGGACAGAAGUCGAAAGAAGCUUUUGAUGCUUUCGGUGGGAAACCAUAUAAUUUCGUGAAACACCAAAUGGCCCAGGGUACUCACCAUCCCUCGUGUCUGUCGAGCAUUCUGGAAUCCGAAGACAUACGGCCUGGCUCCGAAAAAGAAUAUGUGACCAAAUGGUCUGCCGCAUCGAUAUACGCCGGCGGCGCUGACACGACCGUGUCAACAAUGUCGUGUUUUUUCCUUGCCAUGGCACUUAAUCCCGACGUUCAGCAAAAAGCCCAAGAAGAACUCGAUCGCGUGGUAGGAAACCGCCUUCCCACCUUUGCAGACCGAGACAGCCUCCCAUAUAUCAAUGCCAUGGUGAAGGAGCUUCUCCGUUGGCACCCCGUUGUACCAACCAACCUUCCACACGUUUCGACCCAUGACGAUAUAUGUCAGGGAUACUUCAUUCCAAAGGGCUCCAUAAUUCUCGCCAAUAUCUGGGGCUUUGCACAUGAUCCGGACAUAUUCCCAGACCCGAUGGCAUUCAAACCCGAACGAUACUUAGGCGAUCAUCCUGCCCCCGACUCUCACCGGCUUUCCUUCGGGUUCGGUCGUCGAAUCUGUCCUGGUCGUGUUCUGGCAGAUAGUGCCAUCUAUAUCAAUAUCGCACAAUGCCUAACGGUCUUCAACAUCAGCAAGAAAGUCAUGAACGGGAAGGAAAUCGAGCCUAAAGUGGUGUUUCAGCCUGCGCUUAUCAGCCACCCGGAACCCUACGACGUGAGCAUCAAGCCUCGGAGUCCGAUGCACGAGGACCUCAUUCGCUCGAUCGAGACGGACCAUCCCUGGGAGCAGAGCCAUGCAGCUGAGCUUGACAAAAUCACGAUUUAG